AUGCACGGAGCCAAGGGCGGGCCAGCUAGAGGAACUCUGAUCUCUGGAGUCCCCCCGACCCAGAUUUUGGCCCCUCCUGGCCCCUCCUGGCCCCUCCUCCUGGCGGUCAGUUGCCCAAGAUCCUGGCCCCUGCCCCCCAAAAGGGCCGCUACAGGCCGCCCGACGAGCUGCAGGCUGCACUUCGUACAAACGGCUCGCUACUGCGCCCACGACAGCGAGCGCUGGGGCAGCACCAAGGUGGUUCUGAAUCCCGAGCGGUCGCAGCACGACGUCACCGGGAGCGGAAGUCCCGCCUACCCUGACGUCACGUCAGAGCGCCGCGCCGCGCCGCGUCGCGCCGCGGGGAGGCGGUCCCUUUCGACGCGCGACGUGCUCAGGGCUGGGAGCUCCCGGAGCCGGGCGUGUGGGCUGUGGUGGCCUGACAUCCUGACCUCUGGGCCCAGGAACACCUAUCUAGAUGUCCUCCUGAAGAUACCUGAACAGCUGGAAUCAAGACAAGAGCAAGUGACCAAGAGUAGAAGACUCAUCACCUUUUGUUACUUGAUUAACUUGGUACGAAAACUAGGGAACCUUUUGCAUGUCUCCAGGUGUCCAAGGCACUGCAUUGCUCCUUGUGGACUCCAGAAGGUGCAGCCCCGGAUGGCCCUGUGUGGUGUGUGGCACCCUCCUCCCCAAAGAGGCCUACAUCUUCCUGCAAUGUGGUUUGAGAAAGUGGUAUCUCAUUGCUGUUUUGAUUUGCAUUUCCUCGAUUACUGGCUUUCAUAUAACCUGCAAUGAGCAUGAAAUAGGCUGCUUGCUAGAGUGAACAGUACCACCCAGAAAUCUCCAUCCGCGUCUUCUCAUCUCAGCAAGAGAAUUUUUGCCUGGUGAUGGAUAAUUGAAAUGGAUCUGGUCAGCCAGAGCUCUAUACUGAUGAUGGUUUUAUGUUUGUUCAUCUGUCAGAAGAGUAAAAAGCAAAGCUGGCAUUUUUCCUCCUCCUGCUCAUCCAAGAAUGUUAUCCUUUGAGAUAACAGAUGAGUAAACUGAGAGCUGGAAUGUGAGAAGGGUGGCACCAUUGACAAAAGUGUGCACCAUUAUUAUGGCUGCUGCAGAUCACAGCUAUGAAUGGUGAGGCCCCGUCCACCCCACCAAUUUCUUGUGACUAAUCAGGAACAUCUUUUCUGUAUGGCCACAUCUCUCAGGCACUUGAAAUCAUGGACAAAGCUGAACGUGUGUCCCUUUGUUGGAUUCACAUUUUCUUUCUGAGGAGAUUAUACCUGAAGAGUUAAAGGCAAAUCUGACAAAAUAAACAGGGGUCAAAUGUUUGCCAGGGAGUCUUUAAAAAAAAAAAAAAAGAAUUGCUCUUUCUUUUGGAACCUUGGUUGACCUAUAUGUGUGAGGGGGUGGAAAUGUCCCCAGGACAACUCCAAAACCUCAGAGGAAGCUGCUGACAGGCUUCCAGUGAACUGGGUUUUUGCUUGUGCUCAGAGGGCAGAGAGUAACAGAUGGACUUUGACAAACUCGGACAGAUAAGUAUAAUCUUCAAAAGGUCGGUUUCUUACUUUUUUUUUUUUUUCACUGGCAGCAUUACAAGUUCACACUGCAGUAUUUCUGGGCACCACAGUGGGGUACUGGCCUAAUGGCAGUUUUUAAGAAAUUGUAAAGAGCACCUGACUAGAGUCAGGAACUCUGCAUGUCUAGACAAUUCACCUAACCUUUAGUCCAAGAAUUUCUCAUUUGUAAGGGGAGAUAACAAAAAAGCCCUAUCUACAUGUCCGAGCUGUUGUGAAAAUUACAUGGGGCCCUGGAGAUGUCAAACACUCUGUGAGCAGAUUGGAGGCUGUAAUAGCUCAGUGAUAGGAGCUCAGCUGGGCUAUUACAUAGAAGCACAGGUUGGAGAGGGCAGUAACAGAGCAGGGCUGCAUUUGAGGGAGCAAACGUGAGUGGAGGAGCAAUUGUGUUAUCUCCAGGGAGCAAAGACAUUUUCUGUCACCCUACAGACAUGUGCUGUCUUUACUUAGAGAUCCACUUCUUUCUAUUCCAGGUUUAGAGGCUUCUGGUCCAGUAGGGACAAAGAGCAGAGCAGGGACUGGCCCAGUGUAUGAAUCUCCUCAGACUUCCCUGAGCGUGUGAUCAGGGGCAACACUUCCUCUCCCACGUGGACACUGAGCCAGAGAUCAGGUGAAGCCUCCACAUCCCUGAUUUCCUUGCUGCCCUGUUCAUCCUAGGGUGCUGCAACUGAGAUGCUGGAAUGUCCAUGGUGAAAAUGGCAGGGGUAGGCUCUAUGAAGCACAAAUAGGAUUAGUCCAGAAAGAGGGGUGACUCGAAAGUGGCUUGUCUCUUCACUGGUAAUUAACCUGAAAUGAAAUCAUGACAGCUGAUGAAUCCUGUGCAGUCUGGGCACAGAAUCUUGUGGAGCACUAGUCUUCAGGGUAAAACUAGCUCCUCUGUGAUUCAGGAUCAUACCCACCAACCUCUUGUGGACCACCUGAGCAGCAGCUGUAGAACCCAUGAAACCCAACUCGGCUUACUUCCGGGCCAGUUGCAUUUUUGGGAUCCUUGAAGUUGCACAAGAUGGGCAUCUGGCUAAUGGAGGUGCUCAGCAUCAGCACUUUCCUCUUCCUGCCACCUCCCUCAGAAAAAUCCAGGACUCUGGUCCAGUUAGCUCCCCAACAGAGGUCAGAGCUGGAGCUCUCCAAGGUGCUGAUAGCUCAGGCCAACUCCCCCAGAGGACACAUUACACUGCAAACGUGCCUUGAAGCAGGUCGUCUGGAAUAUCUUUCUUUGCCUCUAUUCUUGUUGCUGAGGUGGAAUCCUGGUAGGUUUGAGGGAAAGAAGAUACUUCCUUGGCUCUCCAGACCAGUGUGGGAAGAUUGACCAAAGGAUCUGAGCAAACCUGAGAACAUAAAAAUGAUGCAUUCCUGAGAUGCCUGGAGAAGCGUGACUCAAAAUGCCUUACUACUUGGAAGUAGCCACCCUUGAGUCAGAUAUGUUCACCCCAGUAUAUACUCAUCACCUUUGAGAAGUAGGAGAAUGCUCCUUUUAGAAAGAGUCUAAACACAAGGGGAGCAACUUAGGGCAUCCUGUUGAUUGACUAUAGGUGGGACCAGUGAGUGAAACCAACUGGAGGCUAUUUGAUAGUUCAAGCCAGAGAUGAGUACUGAAUUAGGGCAGUGACUUUAUCACUGGAAGAAUCUUAAGAGGUAACUCCAGCAGGAUAUAGUGAGUAUAGGAUGUUAAAGCUGGGAUGGUUAGAGAUCAUCCUUGAUUCUCAAGGCAAUCUGGGAAACUGAGUUUCCAGAGUAUCCCAGUGAUAAUGCUACUCAGGAGGGGUAGCUGAGUUUUUGGGCAGGAAGGAUGAUGUAUAUCUUGGGUGGGAGGUUCCAGUGGUACUCCCAGAAGGGUUGUCCAGGAGCUUUUGGAUACAUGGUUCUGGAGCUCAACAGAGAUGUCAGGGCUGAUGAUAGAAGUUUCGGAAUUGUCCAUAAUGGGAAUGUGGCUGAAGAGAUGAAAUAAGAUUAGAUCAACCAGGCAAAAUGUGUCAAAUGAGAGGAGAGGGGAGCAGAGAACAGGUCUUGGUGAAAUGUGUACAUUUUCUGGGUAAUGCUGAGGCAUAGGUGCUGAUAAAUGAGUCUGUCAUGGGGCUCUCAUCAUCUUCUCACAGACCACUUCAUCACCCAACCUGAUGUCAUUCCAACCACUUCUUUUUUAUUCUCCUCUGACAUAUAUAUUCAUAUAUUGUAUAGAUACAGAUUUAGGUUUAGGUAUACAGAGAUAGAUUUAUUUUAAGGAAUUAGCUCAUGUGAUUAUUCGGGUUGGCAAGUCCAAAAUCCAGCCAACAGCCUGGAAACACAGAGAAGAGCUGAUGUUUCAGUCUUGAGUCCAAGGGCAGACUGAAAGCAGUUGGGCAUUAAAGAGGGCACAUGAUGUAAUGAACACUGGGUAUGAUAUGCAACUGAUGAAUUACCGAAAACUACAUCUGAAACGAAUGAUAUACUAUAU